AAAUAUAUAAUAAUAUAUAAUUUUGAUUGUUAUUCAAGUUUUGAGGGGCAUGCAUGGUCCCAUGUCUCCAUCAAGAUCCACCCCUGCUAUACGUAAAUUAAAGAGACAGGCAUUGUAUAAUAUGGUAGAAAUUUCUUAAGAAUCUUAACAUUUUUAUUUUGAAAAACUAAGAGGGGAAUUUCGGUUUGCAAUUGGUAAAGAAGUUGACGAUGCAAUUAAAUUAGUUAAGAGAUGCAUGAUGAACAUUUUAAAUAAUAGCCAAAAAAGAGAGCUUUCUUCCUCCCUCUUUUUCCUCAUUAAUUUAUUCGACAACAGACAUAUAUAGAGAGAGAGCUGUUAGCUCUUUAUUUCUUUUGCUUUUGCAGUCUCUGAAUCAUUCGAAUAGAGAAGAAGAAGAAGAAGGAGUAGGAGGAGGAGGAGGAAAAGCUUCAUCAAAAUCUUGGCUCUGCCAAGGCUUCAUGGAAUAAUAGUUUUGAGUGAAGUAGUAGAUUUAUAUAUAUAUAUAUAUAUAUAUAUGGAGAGAGCAGCAGCAGCAUUUGGUGGGACAUACGGAUACGAGAAUGGAGUGGUGAUGACGAGAGACCCAAAGCCGAGGCUUCGAUGGACUCCUGAUCUUCAUCAUCGUUUUGUUGAUGCUGUCACCAAACUUGGUGGUCCUGAUAAAGCAACUCCAAAGUCAGUGUUGAGGCUGAUGGGGUUAAAAGGUUUGACACUGUAUCAUUUAAAGAGCCAUUUACAGAAGUAUAGGUUGGGACAGCAACAGGCUCGGAAACAAAAUACUAAAGAACAAUACAAAGAGAAUAGUGUGCCAGGGGCUUCCUAUGUAAAUUUCAGCAAUCAUUCCUCAUCAUCAGGGUUACAUGCCACCUCAUCCUCUAAUCAUAAUCAACAAGGAGAAAUCCCAAUUGCAGAAGCAUUGAAGUCCCAGAUUGAAGUACAUACAAGAUUCAAAGAGCAACUUGAGGUACAAAAGAAGCUACAAGUGAGAAUAGAAGCACAAGGGAAGUACUUGCAGGAUUUACUAGAGAAAGCUCAGAAGAGCUUCUCCUCACUUGAUAUGAAGGGCAGUUGUAAUCUUGAUUUGGCUCUCAUAAAAAAUACUAAUGCAGAAGAAAGGAAAGAAAACUUGAAAGAUAUUUUUGCAGAGCCAAACUAUUCAGUUUUUCAUGUCAGCAGGGAGGCAGAGAUGCAGAAAAUUAAUGAUUUUGAGCACAAGAUUGAAGGUUCCAUACAUUUGGAUUUGAACACAAAAGGCAGCUAUGAUUUUGCUGCUGUAAAUGGAUCUCAAUUGGAACUCAGAUGAUUUCAUAUAAGAGAUAAAUGAUAUGCUAAUUGCAGCUUUGUUUGUGAUAUACCCAGUUUUUCAAAAGUAUACAUCUAUAUAAUAGAAUCGAGAAUCUCAUUUA